UGAAUAUGCAGACACUUGUCGUUCUUAUAUCAAUGAUAUUGACUUUGACAUGUGGAUACCAGAUCAUCUCUCAGAAAAAGGGGACCGAGCAAGCUACGAAACUAGCCGUCUGCCCAGGAGCUGUAAUAUGUUAUUCAUACCAAUCCAGUCGUGCAGUGGAUGGAGACAUUAACACGUGUACAAGGACAAAAGAAAUAGGAUCAAUGUCUCCAGUUAAAUGGACAUGGUGGUAUGUUGACCUUGAGAACGUACUCAGCAUCUACAGCAUCAGAAUACAGUUCAAAGACUAUGGGGAACAAUAUGCCAUGAGACAAAGAGGGCGUUUUGCUGGUUUUUCGCUCUAUGUGUCAAAUACAACUACAAAGGAGGAUGGAUAUUUAUGUUAUAAGAACGGACAGGAACUACCUACCUUGGAUUUCAAUACAGCUUGUGUCAAACAUGGACGUUACGUUAUAUUUUACAAUGAAAGACUUGACGGAAAAACUUAUCCUACCGGAUAUCAAACAGAAGUAGCUCACACUGAAUUGUGUGAAAUAACUGUAACAGGUUGUAAGGAAUCUGGUGUGUAUGGAUAUAACUGUGAUGUACGCUGCACAAACAACUGUCAGGAAUCGAGAUGUGACAUUGUCAACGGAACGUGUUUGGGUUGUACUGCAGGAUGGGUGGGAGAGUUUUGUAACAAAUCAUGUCCAGCUGGAUAUUACGGUUUACAGUGUGGAUCUAUGUGUACUGGACACUGCAGAGACAACCUGUCCUGUAAUCACACCACUGGACAAUGUGACUAUGGAUGUGGCAAUGGAUGGACAGGAAUACAUUGCAACACAGAGUGUCCAGCAGAAUCAUACGGUCCUGAUUGUGUGUAUAACUGUAGUGGACAGUGUCUGAGUUACCUCCCCUGUAACAGGACAACAGGAAGAUGUGAUGGAGGCUGUAAUCCAGGAUAUACCGGGGAACUCUGCGAGAAAGGUGAGAUGUUUGAAUUGUGGUUUAGAAGCAUUCUUGUACAUUCUGAUCAUUCAUGUAAAUGUUUUGUUUCUCUACUGGUAUGUUCAGUUGGCCGUUACGGUUUGAAUUGUUCAGAGAAGUGCAGUUCCCGUUGUCGAUCUGAAAGUAAUCAUUGUAACCACAUAGACGGACAUUGUGAACAUGGAUGUGACGAUGGAUUCCAAGGAAGUACAUGCGAAGAAAUUUGUGAUGAUGGCUGGUAUGGAGAAAACUGUUCUGCACGAUGUAACGAGAACUGUGUCAAUCAGUCAUGUGACCAUAUCACAGGCAGCUGUACAUACGGAUGUAUACCGGGAUGGAGGACUCCCAACUGCAAACAGAAAUGCUCAGCAGGAACCUACGGCAAAGAUUGUGGAAAUCCCUGCAGCAUUCAUUGCAGCAAUAUAACAUGUAAUCCAAUCAAUGGAUCGUGUCUGGGGGGCUGUACAUCAGGGUACUUGGGAAGUUUAUGCAACAAAUCAUGUGACGAAGGAAAAUAUGGACUCAACUGCUCCCAGAAUUGUUCUCAGAAAUGCCUUGGGAAAUGUGAUAAUGUUGAUGGAUCCUGCACGUGUUCCUCAAGACUGAGAGGUUUCCUUGACUGUAGUGAAAAAUCUUCGCAGUCAGGGGGUUCUGUAGCACAGUCCGAUACGACAGACUCUGGCGCAGUAACAGGAGCCGUGGGAGGGGCUGUGGGUGCAGUGGGUCUUAUUGCUGUACUCAUCACAGGCAUACUGUUUACACGAUGGAGAAGAAAGAAGGCGAGAAAGCAUGAAGAUACGGAGACGGUAACAUUUUCUUCUGUCCCAGAAACGUUACCAAUAGGUGAUAAAAGACAUGAAGAGAUGGAAAUGAGUGAAAUCGGAAACCCAGGCUUAGAAUUAGAAACUGAGGGGGGAGUGCUAACGACGAAUACUAAAAUAGACAUAUCCGUCGCGGAUUUUGAUAAAGCAAUAGUUGUUUUGUCUGAAAAUCAGAAUGCGAAGUUUAAAGAAGAAUACAUGACAAUUCCUAGAGGAGAACUACACCCAUGUAAUGAAGGAAAGAAACAGGAAAAUGUUGCCAAAAAUCGAUACACCACGAUAUUCCCGUAUGACCAUUCACGUGUUGUUCUGACAUCAUCACCAAAAGAGUCGGACUACAUUAACGCGAAUUAUAUUGAGGAUGUGCAAGGAAAGAAAUCGUAUAUUGCAGCGCAAGGACCAAAAUCAAAGACAAUUGUUGAUUUCUGGAAAAUGGUGUGGCAAGAAGACAUUAGUGUAAUUGUUUGUCUGACCAAUCUCAAAGAGGGAAAUAAGAACAAAUGUGCCCAAUACUGGCCAAAUUCCAGUGACAAGAUAAAGAAAGGCAACAUCAGCAUACGAAACCAGAAAGAAAACGUAUACGCGGACUACGUCAUCAGAUACUUCCGCUUGCAAAACAGCGCCGAUAAAGCUGAGCGUGACGUGUGUAUGUUCCACUAUACGCAGUGGCCGGACCAUGGUGUCCCAGAACCGCUUGCUCUUGUGGUAUUCCAUCGACACGUUCUGAAAAUUUCUGUCGAACAUCCAGGGAAGUACACUCUUGUCCACUGCAGCGCUGGGAUUGGUAGGACAGGGACGUACAUAGCAUUGGACGCGCUUAAUAAGGGAGGGGAGAUAACUGGGAAAGUUAAUAUCCGGCAGUAUGUAGAAACCAUGAGAAACAGCCGUGCUAACAUGAUCCAGGGCGACGAUCAAUACAGAGUUGUCUACUUGGCGUUACUUGAAUCAUUCCGAGGAAAAGGAAGGUCUGUAUCAACCGGGACAUUUCUACGAGAAUUCCAGGAUCAUUCCUGUUAUAUCAAUCUCGGAGAAGUAGCCAAUAAAUCACCACUUUCUGCUGAAUUUCAGGACCUGUUAUCUGGAAGACGAGAAUAUACACAAGAAGACUACAAAACAGGGUGGCAAAACGUAUCAGCCAAUUACACACCCAGUAUUCUGCCUGUUGAAAGUUACAUGUGUCCAUUGUCAAACACUAAAGGGAAGAACACCUACUACAACGCAGUUUGUUUACAGUCUUUCACAAGAAAUGACCAUUUCAUCAGUGCUCAAUAUCCUUUCCCAGAUUACACAGAGGACUUCCUGAGACUUGUGAAGGCUUAUUAUGCACCUACAAUUGUAUCCCUGAGCCCGUUGGUGGAAAUCGAAUCGUCUUCACUUUGGCUUCCUGCUAAAAAUGAAAGCAAAACGGUUGGAGCAUUCACGACUAAAAUGACAGAUUGUACACAAACAACCACAGUCACCAAGACUAGCAUUACUCUGCACCAACAGGGAGCUAGUGGUAUGAACGUUUGCGUACUGGAAUGUAGAAGAUGGAAAGGAGAAAGCGACUCCUCAAACCGGAGAGUUUUACUUGAUCUCGUCAAUGAAGCGAGGGUGGAGGAAAGGACCCACCCCGAGGGAAGGAUUCUGGUUCUGUCGAGUGAUGGGGCCAAGCGAUGUGGACAAUUCUUGGUUGUAUUCAAUGCUCUGGAACAACUUAUCGUGGAUACAGAGGUGGACAUAUUUACAAUCACAAGACAACUCCAAAUCCGACGGCCAGAGUUCAUAUCUUCUUUGGAAGAAUAUCAGUUUUGUUACGAGGCCAUUGCUGAUCAUCUCCAAAAUGACACAGUGUACGCGAAUUGCUGAGAACCAGUGUACGCGAAUCGCUGAGGACCAGUCAAAGAGACUGUGACACCAACCAGCCUUCCUCCUAAUAACAAUGGAAACACAUUGAAGAAUUGUUUCAUUCACUGGAGACCAGUAUUAUAUAUGUACUGGUGUUAUUGACUCACCCACACUUCACUUAUUGUAUGUGUUUGUUUCUUAUUAACUAUUCUUCCGCUUCUUGUUCUGCCUUAAUAUGUCCGCAGCCGUUAUCCGUAACCAGUAGAUGAAAGUAUUAGAAACUCAAGGAUGUGAUAAUGCAAUAUAUCUAGUUGUGUAGAAAUGUUUUAGUUUUCAGAUUAAAUAGAACUAUGUGUGGAAAAAUUAGUUCCAAAAUUCAAGAGAUAUAACUUCUUGUUUUUCAGUUUUAACAACAUUUAUUCAGUUAUAUAGUCAGGCUUUUACACAAACCUUACAACUCAACCUGACCAGGGGGUACAGGGUUUUAAGAAUUCCAACUCUUUCGCUCACACAUCACACGGACAGACAUGCAUACUAUAUGAUGGCUAGAAGUAAAGAAAGUAGAAAAAAAUGACAAUGUACUCUGGCUGAGUUCAUAAAUAUCAUACUAUAAUAAUUAACAAUCAGAUAUAUCAUGUAAUACCAAAGUUAUUAUUUUAAAAAUUCUACUUUAAACACAUUAUUGUUUGAAUAUACAUUCACCUCAUCUCUUACGAAGAAAAAGAAAACAAUAUAACAAAUGUAUAUAAUACUACAAAAGAAGCAUUUUAGGAUAUUUUUGUUUUAACAUAGUUUACGUUAUACUUGAGCUAAUGUUUCACAUAAUUUCCAUUUCUUUUCAACUGGUCUAUACAAUUAUAUUUACUUGCAAUUUGUUUUUUCCACUCUGUAUAUAUUAGUCCAAGUGGCUUUAAAUUUACUCAAUGACAAACAAUAACCUGUACAUUUGGUUAAGUAUAUAUAAUGUUUCAAAUGGUUAUUUUCAAAGUUUACCUUUUAAUUUUCGAACAUCCAAGAAUAAAAGUUUUCUUAUCAGUUAUAAUAUUGAAUGAAAAGGUUUCAGUAAACCAACAUUGCACAUUUUGUUAAAAAAAAUAUUGACUUUUUCACAAUCAUACACAAUGUGUUCCAAUGAUUUUCUCUCCUCUAACCAAAAAGUGCAUAAAUCGUUGUCUGGCUCAGGGAACAUAAAACUUAGCUAGCUCACUUUUGAGACCAAAAUCUGAGACCGUCUCAGAUUUCGGUCUCAGUCUCAAAUUUGGUGUGGCAUAAAAUAUUUUCAUCUCAUUAUCAGUCUCUGAUUUCUAGUUUAAUCUGACUUUUGAGCUCAGAAAGUUAGAUCGCUAGAAAGGUGUCUUAGUCCGUAAUUUUUUCUCACUUCCAAUAUGGCUUCAGCAAUUCCCCGAUUGAACUGGACGUUCAACAUCAUCCGUAGGAAAAGGAAAACGCCUCGGCCCCGGAUAUUCAAGUUCAGGACAAGUCCAAUCCUCUAGAGGAUUUGGAAGAGGACACGGUUUUAUUUUAUGAAUUGUUGACUUGGUGUCCAAUGAGGCAGAGACAAAGGGGGCAGAAAAUUGUGUUCCCUCCCCCCAGAAGUAUGAAUUCUUGAAAUAAUCGAAUGCAAGGGCUUGUCACGACGGAAAAAAAAGAAGAGUUUUGUUACCAACGAAAUAUACAAUGCACAUUAAAACUUUACCCCCCCCCCUUGUUUUAUUCCCGUCAGAAUAAUACACAUCCUAAAGCACAUGUAAGUACAAUGCACCUUAUUUCGAAAUAUGAGUGCAUUAUAAAUAAAUUUCAGUGAGAAUGAGGUGCUUAAGUGCGUCACAAUGAACAUGACGCACUACUAGGUUAGUAUGACGUCAGUAUUACUGUAGAUACUGAUUCCGAUGUUUUAUGUUAGGCGGAUCUUUGUGUUUGUCGAUGAGAACAAGUGUUCUAUGAAAUAAAUGCAUACACAUCUUACUUACUCUUGGAUUCCUAUCUUCAAUAUCGCUAUCAUAUUUUCAUUUUGGAUUUUUUCUUUCGUGCAAACUAGAACAGA